ACCAGACGUCGGAGGCGUAGGAAGUGCUUCCUGGAGCAUAGAAGAGGUCACAAGUCAUGUGAGGGUAGCUUUCUGAGGAACCUGCUUCUGAAGUUGUCCCUGAAGGACAGCAGGCAGCCCAGAACUCUGCUGCCCAGAGAACCAGGCGGCCCAGAAACCGGGCGUGGAUAUUGACCCUGCGGGAGAAAGGGGUUCGUCAUGGCGGAUGACCUAAAGCGAUUCCUGUAUAAAAAAUUACCAAGUGUUGAAGGGCUCCAUGCUAUUGUUGUGUCAGAUAGAGAUGGAGUGCCUGUUAUAAAAGUGGCUAAUGAUAAUGCUCCAGAGCAUGCUUUGAGACCUGGCUUCUUAUCUACUUUUGCCCUUGCAACAGAUCAAGGGAGCAAACUUGGACUUUCAAAAAAUAAAAGCAUCAUCUGUUACUAUAAUACCUACCAGGUGGUUCAGUUCAAUCGUUUACCUUUGGUGGUGAGUUUCAUAGCCAGCAGCAGUGCCAAUACAGGACUAAUUGUCAGCCUAGAAAAAGAACUUGCUCCAUUAUUUGAAGAAUUGAGACAAGUUGUGGAAGUUUCUUAACCUGACAGUGGUUUUGAUGUCUAUCAUAUCUUGAUUUUAAUAGACAACGAUGUCAUACCCAGCAAUCUUUAGACCACACCAAUACCUGUAUCUAUGUACUCAAGAAAGGGCCCCUUCUUCCACCUUACACUAGAGAAAGAGCCUGUAGAUAUAAUUUAUGGAAGGAUUGAUUAUUAUCCUUUCUUGUAUAGAGUCUUAUUUACUGAGAUCUGGGGAUACAGAAAUGGUUCAGCUGUUCACAGCUCCCAUGGAGUUAGUCCAGUCACCAAAUCUGCAUGAAAUUCUAUGCAGUGGGUCAGAAUCAAAAUGGUACUUUGAUCCAUUUGAGCCAUGAAAUGUCCCUAUUGUAUAGUACACCCAGGCCUGCAGAAUGAAGCAGACCCUUUUUAUUGUGAAUAAUGAGGACAUAUUUUUUUCAUAUUGUUUUAGUUCUUGCAUUGAGUGUGAGGAAGAUAAAAUGGCUUAGUAAAAGUAAUAAAAUCAGUACAAUCACUAACUUUUCUAUGUAUAUUAUUUUGCAUUAUAGAUGAAUAUUACUAAUCGAUAUGAUUCUUCUCAGAGGGUGCUGCUCUUUAAUGAAAAUGAUAGCUAAUGGUUUUUUCCUCCACUCUGCUUCCUAUAACCAAUCAGUGUUUUAAUGUUUGUGUGUUCUUUAUAAAAUUUGUUAUUUUUUUGUUUCUUUAUGAAAUUUAGAUGUGAUUUAUUAUCAAACUCUGUUUCCAGUAUUGGUAUGUAAACAUGAUAGUACAGCCAUUUUUUUCGUACAUGGGUAUAAAUAAAAUAGUAUUUUUAAAAGUA